AUGUCUUUCGAGUAUCCGUCCGUGGGGCAUGUCGAGACCAACUUAAAUGAUGAGAAGAUAAAUGCACAAUCAGAUCUUAAGCCUGACCGCGAUGCUGAAUUUCCAGAUGGCGGUCUUCGAGCAUGGUUAGUCGUCAUAGGAGCCUUCUUCGGUUUGUUUACCAGCUUUGGCUGGGGUAGCUGUGUUGGUGUGUUCCAAGAAUAUUAUCAAACUCACCAAUUACAAACCGACUCGCCCAGCACUAUUUCCUGGAUUCCAUCGGUAUCUGUGUUUAUGUUGUUCACUACUUCACUCUUGCUGGUUGGCACUUUUGUGCACGUCUUCGGACUCGUGAUGGCCUCAAUGGCAACAAAAUAUUAUCAGUUCCUUCUAUCUCAAGCUAUUUGCAGUCCGUUAGGCGCAGGUAUGAUACUUUACCCGUCGUUCAGUUGGGUCGCAACCUGGUUUCAGGAGAGGCGCGCUCUUGCCAUGGGUAUCACAGCCAGUGGCUCAAGCCUUGGAGGUGUUAUUCUACCAAUUUUAAUUAAUUGA